CAAUCCAGCUCUUGCUCAAUCGUAAACCGGCCAACCCUGCUGAAAUCUUUGGAUUCUUCCUCGUGUUCUCGCGUUGCGCAUCAAUUCAUCAAUGACAGUGGCGUAUGGAACCUCAGCCGCCUUCUCCGUCCGUCCGGCGGUGCCCGGGGCCCGGCCCUGCUCCUGCGCGGCCGCCGGGCCGAGGCUCCGUUCCGACGGGAACGGCAAAUGGUGGGCGCCGCUGCUGGGGUGGUCGGGCCAGCCCGACUACAUCGACGCCCAGCCUGCAGCUUCGUCGGCGCCGGAGGAGCAGCGCGAGAAGCCGGCGGCGAGGCGGUUCGGGGUGCUGACGGAGGAGAAGGCGCGGCAGCUGCGCAUGCGGAUGAUGGAGACGGAGAGCUUCCACGACGCCAUGUACCACUCCGCCAUCGCCUCCCGCCUCGCCUCCGCCGCCCGCGACAAGGACACCAAAGGCUAG